AUGCCCUCCACAGAGAUCGAACCUCGAGGUUUAGCACUAUAAGUUUUCUGGGCCACUGUGGAGUUGUUGAUUUUGUUUUAGUUUAUUUUGGCGGUUUCUGUCUCAGAACGAAGGAGUUGCAAUCAAUUAAACAAGAUUAUUUGCACCAGGACACAAAAGACUCGAAGUUUACCAACGUAUUUAAAAGUUGAGUAAAAAAAGAAUUUUUUCGGGCAAUUCUAUGAAAUCUACCAGAAUCCUAUCAUUGAUUACAGUUCUUUCCAAGAUAUUCAUCAGAACUUCAUCACUGCUUCAUUAGUGACAGGAUAUUCCAAGACAUCCAUCAGAACUUCAUCACUGCUUCAUUAGUGACAGGAUAUUCCAAGACAUCCAUCAGAACUUCAUCACUGCUUCAUUAGUGACAGGAUAUUCCAAGACAUCCAUCAGAAUUUCAUCACUGUUCCAUUAAUGACAGGAUAUUCCAAGACAUCCAUCAGAAUUUCAUCACUGUUCCAUUAGUGACAGGAUAUUUCAAGAUAUUCAUCAGAAUUUCAUCACUGCUCCAUUAGUGACAGGAUAUUCCAAGAUAUUCAUCAGAACUUCAUCACUGCUUCAUUAGUGACAGGAUAUUCCAAGACAUCCAUCAGAACUUCAUCACUGCUCCAUUAGUGACAGGAUAUUCCAAGACAUCCAUCAGAACUUCAUCACUGCUUCAUUAAUGACAGGAUAUUCCAGGACAUGUACCAGAACUUCAUUAUCUUUGCAUUGUUAACAUGUUCAGGUUCACUUCCUGUGAUGGUGAAACAAUGAAGAGUCAUGCCUCGUCACGUGCCAGAAGUUAUAUAGUGUCAAAUUGUUCGACUGUCAAGACAUGAAGGUCGAAAGUAAUCUUGAAGCACCUUAAAACAGGAAUGGUAUGAACUCGUCGAUUCCAGGAUAUCCAGAAGAAGAGUGAAAAUGAGACUAACCAAACAAGAUUAUAUUGCAAGAAGGGAUAUCUGUAAGCCAUAACUAUGUUACUUGGCCAAGACAGCAUGCCAACUUAUAGUUAGGACAUUGGCGACAUAAUAACGUUGGAGACGGCGUGAAUGGGUAAUGAAGAAAAACUUUAAUAUAAGUUUCACAUAACAGCAAAUGUACAACGUUUCGACAAGGUUUUGUCAUCAUCAGGUACGUUGUCAAAACGUUGUACAUUUGCUGUUAUGUUAAACUUACAUUAAAGUUUUUUUCAUUACCCAUUCAAGCGUCUUCAACCAUUAUUAGUCUCAAAGUGGGUUCCUCGUCAUCGAAUUUGAAUUCAUCAUUGGCAACAUGUCAUGUUUUCAGAUGAUUCCUGUUUCUAGCUUGUUAAAGCUGAUGGUAGGAUUCGUGUUCCUCGUUUACCUGGAGAAAAUAUGAGGGAAAACUGUUUUUACUACAGGAAACACACAAGAAGGAGGUGGUACAGUACAUGUUUGGGCAGCUACCAGUCAUGGUGGAAAACUGCUCUUCAUAUCCUCCAGAUAAACGUCAAUGGCGUCUCCUACAGACAUCACAUGGAAACGAUAUUUCUGCAUAUUAUAUAUGCUAGGGCAAGGUUUAGCAAUAACUUUGUGUUCCAGGAUGACAAUGCCAAUGCCCAUAGUGUGCAUAUUGUACAGGAUUAUCUCGACCAGGAUGACGUUACAAGAUUGUCAUGGCCAGAAAUAUCUCCAGAUUGUAAUCCUAUUGAGAACUGAGCCGUAAAAUUUGUAAGCAUGACCCUAAACCAGCUACUGAGUUGCAGUGCCUUCUAGUGUCAAGUUAAGAUUAAAUCACAGUGUAUUACAUCGAUAACCCCAUCGACAGCAUGCUACGUCACCCUGCGGAGUACAAGGAGGACCAACCAAGAACUAGUGCGAAGAAUUAUGAGGAAAUAUAUGUGUCCCUUUCUGGUGAUCCUUGGAAUUAAUAUUGUUAUCUGCGUUUUGUACAUGCAGAAACAUGUACAUGUGGUUGAUUUCUUAGGUGGUCAGAUCCGACCCAAUACGGUAAACAUCCAGAGUCUGACAGAGUCCUCAACAGAAAGUAGUGAAGUUUCCUUGCUUGUGACUAGAAGGUCUGGCUUCCAGGAAGAGGAUAAACAGUAUAGCAGUCAAUUUCAAACAACUGAAAACUUAAAACUUCCCUUAGACAGCGUUAGUAAAAUUUCUAAAACCCUAGAGAAUCCAAACUUUACCAAAAUAGAGGACUUUGCCAGAAAUAAAGUGACACAAAUUAAUGCCCAUCCUUACACUUUCCUUAUUAAUCCUGUAGGGCUAUGUUCUCAAACAAAAACCCCUUUCGACCUUCUUGUCCUUAUCAGCAGUGGUAUCACAAACUAUGAACAGCGGUCAGCAAUCCGGUCAACUUGGGGAUCUGAAGCAACUGUAUUUAAUAAUUCUGGGAAUGUAAGAUUGGCCUUUCUGUUGGGAUACACAACGGACCAAACUAUCCAAGAUAAGGUGUUUCAGGAAGCCCAAAUCCAUUCUGAUAUUGUCCAGGAGAACUUCCUAGAUACAUAUAGAAACUUAACUCUAAAAUCCGUGAUGCUGCUCAAGUGGGUCAGUGAAUUUUGUCACAAUGUCCAUUUUGUAAUGAAAACGGAUGACGACAUGUACAUAAAUAUUCAAAACUUGCUGAAGAUGGUAUCUAAACUUCUCAAUCGAUCAAACAUAAUGAUUGGUUAUCUGUUUAGUAAAGCUACACCUGAUAGGAAGAAAGAAAAUAAAUGGUAUGUUCCUAAGUCUGAGUUCCCCGGUGGUGUGUAUCCAAACUACCUGUCAGGCACAGGCUACGUCAUGACCCACGACGUCAUUCCGAAGCUCUAUCAAACCUGUCUCAAUACGAAGUUCCUCGCCAUGGAAGAUAUUUUUGUGACUGGCAUUGUGGCAUCGAAAGCAAAGGUGGCCAGAAUCCACAACAGUCAGUUUUCUUUUUUAAGGAGAAAUCCAUCUGGAUGUGCCUUCGUCAAUGCUAUAUCCGGACAUCACGUAACUGUUAAAGAGAUGAAGAAAAUCUGGGAAGAGUUGAAACAGUCCUCUUUGAGGUGCAAAAGUCAAUGACCAAGAAGUUUUGAUUUGAUCUGUUAGUCUGUUUUUCACAGUCGCACAAUUUGAAAAGAUAGAUAUUAACACUACAUAAAAUGGUAACAGAUAUUCUAUUACAAAUAUUGAGAAGUUCUCAUGUAUUGGAUAGUUUUAUUUUCCAAAAUUUUUCACCUUAUACAGCUGCCUUUCAUCUAUAUACAAAUAUGAUUAAUCAUCAUUAAUAUAAUCUUGCAACUUAUAGUGAGUACAUCUUUGUAUUUAUUUACUUUAUCACAGAGUUUGAGACGAUGAGGAGUUAGUAAAAUAUAUUGAAAACAAAGGCAUUUUCUGGUGAUUUAUAAUAGUUGUUGUUUUAAAAAGUUUAGAAAAAAAUGCCUUCUUUUGAAAAUAUUGAUUGAAGAAAGGUUCCAUAAUUUUAGUGAUUUUUAGUAACUCUAUACAUAACAUAAUUAGUGUGAAGAUUAGUUAUGAUGACAAAUGAAGUAUUUGUGAUGUAUUUUAGUUAUUGUCGUUAACAUCAUGUUUCUUAUUCUAGUCCAUCUUAAAGAUCAGUGUUAUUAAACUUUCGUUUUAUAUUAUACACGAUUAUAAACCAUAAAAGAUGAUAAAAUAUUGAAAAUUGUAGCAAAAUGUUUACACACCUUUCUGUUUACUAUCUUGAUUGAAAAAUGUAGUAUUUGUUUAAUUUAUAAUUAUGUAUAGGGAUCAUUAUCACAAUCAUGGAUGAAACUAUUGUUGGCUAUUUAUCAGUGGUAUAUUAUCAGAGCCAACAAUAUUCUGAUUAAAAAUAAAAACCGCUUUUGGUUACUUAUUACUAUUAGUGAUAUUUUAACAUAUCUAACAAUAUUUAGGAUAAAAUGUGUUUUUUACUACUUAGGACUAGUGAUAUAUUAUCAUAACCAACAUAUUCGUAUUAGUGAUAAAAUAAUACACUGAAACGUCAAAACCAACUGAUUAAUUUAAUUCUAUGACAAUGUCGUGAUGAUGUUCGACAUCUACAAUAUAAGUCUAAACGUUCAAUGCUUUUGAUGGCUUUUUUUCUUGUAUUAUUGAGAACAUAGACAAUCAAUUUCUAUUUUUUAUAAGAGGAAUGAGCUAAAGAAUGAAUUACACAGUGCUGAAUUGAAAUAUUUGACACAUUUUAUUUUGUCUGAGCUUUUACACAUUUCUGGGUAUUUCUCCAUUUUGAUAAUCACCGAUUUGGCCACAUGAAAUGUAUAUUUUCUUACUUUGCUAACCACUGUUAAACACACAUACAUACACACACAUAUAUGCGAGGGUUUUGAGUUAGAAUAAAAUGUUACUUGUUCUACAACCGUCCAUCAUGACUGAGUUCUGAAGAAAUAAAAAGUGUAAUUGAAAACGUCA